UCUUGCAUUCAUUUCAUCAAAUCCACACUCAUUUAAUCACGAUGUCGCGCCCGUUACCGCAACUGGGAGGGAACCGUGAGACGCUCGAGAUUCUCAACCCCUUUCUACAGGUGUUGCGCUCCGAUGCACCUAUCAGCAUCCCCCUCGAUACGCUCAAGGGCGCACUCGGCCAUUUCCUCGCCACACUCGACGGCGAGCAGCUGGACAGCUUCGUGACCGAUAUCCUGAGCUCCAAAAGUCUUUGGCGCGCUCUGUCUCCAUCUGGCAUUGCAGAGGCUGUACGACCUGCGCCCGUGGUCAAAGCACGCAACCUCAAGCCGGACCUCAAGGACGGAUGGUUUUCUCGGGACAAACUUGGCAAGGCGUGCCGCUCGUGGCUAGAGCAGAUCUUCAGCGCAAGCAAAAAAGCCAAGAGUGAGAACGCGGUUUACUUCUACAUCGGACUUCUCACCGGAACCGACGACGCGGAGGACGUCAAGUGGGGCCAGCCGCGGGAGGACAUUGAAGAGGAGGUGGUCGUCGCCUUGUCAGAGCGCUUGUACCCAAGACCCUCCAGACACUCGGAGAAGGAGAAGGCAAAGGAAACAGAAGAUGAGCUGGAGCCUCCUUUGGAGACUUACUGCCGCGCAGCGAGCCAUGUCGAUGCCGCGAGACUCCGUGUUCUUGACCUGAGGAAAGUCGGGCCUCAGCUUCAUCGCGCGAUCUUUGAAAGCCUUGGGUAUCCCCCACUAGCUGUGGACCGGACGAAAAUGGACCUCAAGCUCGCGAAGGCGCUGUCUCGUGGUCUGUCGCAGACGCUUGUCGCACUGUCGCAAGGAGGUGAACGCAACCAGGCGUUUGCAUGGGACGCAGCAACGGCGUAUGUCGCGCGCAUGCUUGACUGCGGGGAACGUUUCCAAAGGGAAUGGGCGAAGCCUACCAUUCCAGCCGCGGGGAGUAUCGAAUGGGAGAGGCAGAAGGCCGCGUUGGCAUCAUUCACGCAGGUCACUUGGCCCGUCGUCGAAAUAAUGCUCGAGCCGCAUAGCUACGCAAGUAAGCGGGAGCGCGUUGGCCUCGCAUCUCACAUUGUCCUCACCUUGGGCAAGUUCGCAUCACUCGCACAGGACCAGGAAACGUCGACAGAAGGUUAUGAGAGCGUCCUGUACGGGUGUCUGGACCUGAUCGCGGCAGGUGGCGGCCCAAAGGCAGUGCGCCAGUUGCUCGAAGACCUCAACGAGCCGAAGGUCUCGGACUCGCUAGCAGGGUUCAUCCUCAUUGUCGCGGAGCAGCUCAUCCGCCUGAUCGAUGCUGAGAGCAUGCGGGAUAUCGUAUUCCCUCUCGCUCAGAAAUACAUAGUUCGGCCGCAGCACCGCGCGAGCUUUGAAGCGGCGAACGCGCUCUUGCUCACGCUCCUUGACACGGCGAGCAGCACGCUCGCGGCAGACAUGACGCAAGGCCCUUUCGUGGACGCUCUCUCCGUCAUCCUUGCACACAGCCUGCUACGCCACGCUCGCGACGAGGCCGUCAAGGCAGAGCAGCUCGGAGCGGCAUACCCGCUGGUGGUUCGCGCCGCUGGGCGACGUAGCACCGACUUGGUUGAGAAGUGCGUCUCCAUGCUCGACAGCGCGACAUUCCCGACGAAGGACUACGAGUUCGCUGUCAAGAAGAUUCGGAUUCUGAUCGCGCCUGCGAUCCCGCGCUCGCUCAUGCCUGCCUACCUCGACAGCAUCGCCAAGAUCAUCACCGACACGCCACGAGAGAGCGAGGCGCGCCUCGAGUUGGCCGGUCUCACGUUCAAGGUCGUCAUGGGAGACAUGCCCGAUGAAAGCAAGCAGAUGGCGGUGGAGUGGUGGCUGCGAUGGCGUCGCCGCUUCGAGGGCGGCACCGACGAACCUCAGGCCCGGUUGUAGUUGUAAUCAUGUCCAGUAUGCAUAUUCAGAUAAUUUUGGA